CCAACUUCCCCUGCUUUGUUUCGGAGCUUGGGUUUGCUUCUUAUACUUUCUCUUCACUUUUAACUCUUCACUUAUUCAUUAAAAAUUACUUUCUCUUUCUCUCUGCAGCUCAAAUUUCUUGGGUGGAUUUUUUUUGAUAUUUUCACCUUACCAAUGGCGAAAAACUCUACUACUCUCCUCACACUCCUCGCAUGUCUAAUCCCUUCACUUCUUGUUUUAUCUUCUCUUUCACUCUCUCAUGGAGGAAUUUCCAUAACUAGUGGAAUGCAAGAUGAAUCUGAACAAUGGGGUUACGUCGAAGUCAGACCCAAAUGUCAUAUGUUUUGGUGGAUUUAUAGAAGUCCAUAUAGAGUUGAAGAUCCUUCUAAACCAUGGCCGAUUAUUCUAUGGUUACAAGGCGGACCAGGUGCAUCAGGAGUUGGGACAGGAAAUUUUCAAGAAGUUGGACCCUUAGAUACAAAUUUAAGUCCAAGGAAUUCAACAUGGUUAAGGAAAGCAGAUCUUUUGUUCGUCGAUAAUCCAGUUGGAAGUGGAUUUAGUUAUGUGGAGAAUGAGGAAGAUUUAGUGACAACUGAUGAUGAGGCAGCAACUGACUUGACAACUUUAUUGAAAGAACUCUUCAACAAAAAUGAGACACUUCAAAAGAGCCCUUUGUAUAUUGUAGCAGAGUCUUAUGGAGGAAAAUUUGCUGUUACUUUAGGGUUAUCAGCUCUUAAAGCCAUCAAAGCCAAUGAAUUGAAGCUUAAACUUGGAGGUGUUGCUUUGGGAGAUAGCUGGAUUUCUCCUGAAGAUUAUGUGUUUUCAUGGGGUCCUCUACUCAAAGAUGUAUCACGGUUAGGUACCAAUGCAGCAGAGAAAUCGAACAGCAUGGCUGUGAAAAUUAAGCAGCAAAUUAAGGAUGGCAAACUAAUAGAUGCAACUGAAUCGUGGGGUAAACUCGAAGAAUUGAUUAUUGCAAACAGUAAUUCGGUGGAUUUUUACAAUUUCCUAUUGGAUUCUACCAAUGACCCACUUUCAUUGUCAACAACGGCGUAUUCAUCAAAACAAGAACCCUUGCAGAGGUACUCAAAAUACCUUGAUUUGAAGACGUCUUCUUCAGGAAAUAGUUUUGAUCUUGCUGGCUUCAUGAAUGGGAUCAUCAAAAAGAAGCUCAAAAUCAUCCCUGAUAAUGUUAACUGGGGAGGACAAUCGGGGAUUGUUUUCACUGCUUUUGAAGGUGAUUUCAUGACCCCAAGGAUCAACGAGGUUGAUAUGCUCUUAGCUGAAGGGGUGAAUGUGACAAUAUACAAUGGGCAGCUUGAUCUCAUCUGUGCAACCAAGGGGACUGAAGCAUGGGUUAACAAACUCAAGUGGGAAGGGCUCAAAAAUUUCCUGAGCUUGGACAGAACUCCUCUUUACUGUCAGGAUGAUAAGGGCAGCAAUAGAGCUACCAAAGCAUUUACAAAGACAUACAAGAAUCUACAAUUUUACUGGAUUCUAGGGGCUGGGCAUUUUAUUCCUGUUGAUCAACCUUGUGUUGCCCUACAAAUGAUAACUAAUAUCACACAGUCCCCUGCCGUUUCAUCAUAUGGAAGUGAAACCCAUGAAGAAAGACCAGUACAAAAUCAAGAAAUCAGACAAGAAAUGAAGAAGAAAAUGCAUAGAAAAGAGUUGGCACGGCUUCAAGCUUACAUGAAGUGACUGAUUAUAUUGUAAAGCUUUUGAAACUAGGAAUUACACGCAAGGGAAAUUUCCCAUUAGACAAUAAUUUGUCACAACAAUCCUCAGUAAUAAAAAAAAAUUACAUUUGUUGGUGUACAUAUUCACUAAUUUUAUUUUCA